AUGGGUGAACGCAAAGCUGUGAUCAAGAAUGCCGAUAUGGCCAAUGAGGUGCAAGAGGAAGCAGUCCACAUUGCAGCCUAUGCGUUGGACAAGUAUCAAGUUGAGAAAGAUAUUGCUGCACACUUAAAGAAGGAAUUCGACCGUAAAUACAACCCGACGUGGCACUGCGUGGUUGGCAAGAACUUUGGAAGUUACGUCACCCAUGAAACGGGAAAUUUCAUCUAUUUCUAUCUGCAAGAUCGUGCUUUCCUUCUGUUCAAAUCUGGUUAA